GAUGGUACAUGUAAGCCGGUCAAUGAAUUGUUUUCAAAACUUGCACUGGAAGAAAAUGGUGAAGACAAUGGUCGUAAACAGCGUACUGAGGGGCAGCAACAUGGCGGACGGAAUAAAAGUGGUGACAGGAGAACUCCAGUUAAAACAAAACCAACGAAGACGAAAGGCGAUUCACUUGAUGCGAGAGCGAUGGUGGGUAAUGGGAUCGCAGAUCAAGAUGAGAAUAAAACAGCCGCAGAUGGCUUGGCGGCUGAACGUCGUUCUUUAACACGCUUUGUACAGCGUCAGCGACCUGUUCUUAAAAAUGCCGCAGAAAUAACGCUGAAUGUUGUGGAUGAUGAGGAAGAUUCCAAUGUAAUCGUGAUCUCCGAUUCCGACUAA